AUGGAGUGCGGAGUGCGAUGUAGAUAGAUUCCAACGCAGGCUCCCACGAUGGCGCCUGCCAUUGGCCACUGCUCGUCCGUACGUCACGGACCCUGACCUGCGCGCUAGCAGCCGAGUGGCAGUAGGUAAACAGUCUUCCGAAUCCAUUUCUUCUCCAGAGGUGUCGGCAAUUGGCGGCUCGCAGUUUUGCAUCAGACAUGGACACUACUGGAACGACAACUUUCGUGGUACUGGCAGUGUGCGCCACGGCCAGCGCCAUCAUGUUCAGGGGAAACGCGAAGCCCUCCAUAUACAAUGACUUGGUUUGUCAGCUGCCCGACGGCUCUGGUGGUGUGUGUCGUGCUGCCAGUGACUGCCCAUCAGUGCAUUCUGCUGAAGCAUGUGUUGCCAGAGGUCUUGUCUGUUGUCCCAGUGCCACAUCCCCUGCACCUAUCACUGGUGUUGGCAUCAAAAGCAAACAGGAAUGUGAGAAAAGUGCACAACUAGCAACAGUGAGUGAGUGCCCACCGAUUGAAAUGAUUCCUGGCAAGAAUGUGGCUGUGCCAGGCUUAUUCCCCUACUUGGCAGCACUAGGCUACGGUAAUCUGAGUGACAAUAAGUGGUAUUGUGCUGGUGUGCUUGUGAGUGAAUCUUACGUCCUCACUACUGCAGGAUGUCUAAAUAGUUCUACACUUGGCAUUGUGCAACGUGUACGCCUGGGUGAUGUUGACUUAACAACACCAAGCGAUGAUGAAGCUGUGCAGGUGAUUGAUGUUGAAUGGGUAAUCCCACAUCCUCUCUAUGAACGAAAGUUCAAGUUCCAUGAUGUGGCUGUCCUCCAUUUGGACACACCAGCCGAACUUAGCUCACGUGUUCGGCCUACUUGCUUGAAUACAUUAAGACAGCUGCCAACAAAUCACGCAAUUAUAACAGGAUUUGGAGCUGAAAGUUUUCAAUCAACAGAUUAUGGCAUUGCACGCUAUGUAGAUGUCACUGAAAUACCUGCAUUGCAGUGCCAAAAAACAGACCCAUUUCGGGUUAGGAGUUAUAUCAAAGUUAAUGGAUCAAUGAUAUGUGCUGCAGAUAAAUAUGGUGGCCGUGACUCUUGCAGUGGUGAUUCUGGAGGUCCACUUCAAGUUCGGCUUGACAAGCCUCACUGUCAGUUCAGUGUUGCUGGAUUAACUUCGUGGGGAUUGGUGCCCUGCGGGUUGCCAGGCCAACCUUCCAUGUAUACAAGCAUUGCUGAAUACUUACCAUGGAUUGAGUCAAUUGUUUGGCCUUAAAUAUAAUCAGUCUGUUUGAGAGAUAAUAUUAUUCAGAUUUAUAUGAAAACUAGUACCCUACACUUCACUGCACUCAUUGAUUCACUGUACAGUUUAAUAUUUCAAGAAAUCACAGAUGAAAGAGAGAAUGAGAGAACAUAAGAAGUAGAGAAAGCAUUGUUGGAAUACAGAAGAAAAUGCAAAUUUUGCAUUUAUGACUAGGAAAUUAUUACAAGCGAGCCAAUAUGACAAAGAAGAAUAGAAAAAACAGUUCCACCUAAUAUCCAUAACACAAAUAUAUUUGUUCUUCCUGUUCAGUUUUUCACUGUCACAAAUUUUCAAUGGUUCUGGAAGGAAGGAACAAAGUUGGUUUUGUUCCAUGGCCAUGGUAUUUCUGCCAUAUUGUCAUAACAGUUCUUAAGAUUUUAAAUUUUUUCUGACUUGAAAAAGUUGUUGUGGAGAGAGGGGUUGUGGCCAAGAAUCAUUAUGUAAGGAUAUAAGGUAGUGCAUGUAACAGAUCAUUUAGGGUUUUGUUUACUUGCAGCCAGCAUUCUAGCAGUGUUCUGAAAGUUGCCAACCAGCCAGCUGCAUGUAAAUACAAUAGCAGUUGCACCAAUUGAUACACAAAGCUAUUUAUGUCCCAUGAAGCAGGUCAGUAGUUGUACAAGACAAAUGAAUUAAUACACUUCAAGAGUUGUACUGUAAUUUGUGGCUGCAAAUGUUCUCCUCACUUCAUUCCUGAAUAUAAAUUGAUCACGAAUGUAAUCAGAGUGUAGUGUAUCCUUUGUCUGGUAUCAAAGAUCAAAUGAAAAUGGUAGAAAUAGAUAAACCUGCUCAACAGUAUGCUGUGAAUACAGAUAGAUUCAGUUUCUAAAGGACAGACUACAAAAAUUAUGGCUGAUAUAUCAAAUUUAAUCCUACAGAUCAAAUUAUUAAUUAAUUUGUUAAAUACUGACUUGUUUUCCUGAAAAAUAUAAUAGCAAUCACUUUACUGAUGAGUGUAUUAGUUCAUGGGUGUGGAUGAACACACUAUUGCUUGAUAAGCAGACUGACCAUGAAAAGUUUUAAUUUUGUUCAAACCUAAGUUAUGGUAGUAAUUCUGGUUGUAUUUCAUAUUUAAAAAAUGCAUGCUCUAUGUGAAAUAAAAUACUUAAACAGCAA